AUGCGGUCCCCGGACCAUUUGCUGGAUCUAUUAGAGGAUAUUGAAGCUGGAGGAUCAGAAAUUAAUGUUUCUUUGCGUCAGAUCCUGAAAAUAUCCGCUUCAAGCGGCCUACUGCCGACAGAACUAAAAUCUGUUCUAGACUUGAUCUUGGACAGUCAACUCUCCAUGUCCCACAAGAAUAUCUUAAUAUCAGACUGUCUAGUGCCUCGUGGAAACUAUCUACUUCCACCGGACAUUAUUCUGCGUGUGUUGAGUGUCGUGGGGACACCCGAAGUGUUCUAUAAGAAUGGUAAGCAGCAAAAGCUGAAAAGAUUACCUACAUCUUGUCAGCAAAGGUUAUUGGAAUGGUUAAUCUGUGCUCUUCCUCUCUUUGGAAGACCUUUGUUUCGCUAUUUGAAGCGGCAUCUUUCCAUGCUUUUCGGCCUAUUGUCGUUCGAGUUUCUGAGACCUUACAUUUCUACUUUGAUUGUGAUAGCCUCAAAUGGCCCUGAUGCCUUGCCCAAACUCUCACAAGGCUAUCUAAUCCGUCCAUGGAAUGUAAAAUUAGUAGCUGAUAUGUGCUUGCAGUUCCCAUCGGAUCCGUCUUUGAAAGCACUUAUGGCAUACUUGCGCCUAAGAAACAGAACUCAAAAGCUACCGUCGGUCAAUAAGUUGGCUAGUAUGGACACCUCAGGUAUAUUCAAUUAUCCCAAUUCCGCACUUCAUUCAUCAUUGAUUGCAAAAUCUGAGACUUCAACGUCAGAGUAUGGCACAAGUUUAUGGAAUGAAGUGUCCGACGUAGAUUCUCAAAUCCAACGAGUUUUUGAGUCUCUUGACAACCAAAGGAAAAGAAGAAAAGCUCUGCAGCAUCAGGAUUUGAUUCCGCUUUCUUCACCGGGCGCUAUACAAAUUCUGUCAAUUAAUUCUGUGAGUUCCUUAAUAGCUCAUUUUGAGGAUAUCAGCCUCACGAAUCCCAGCUCUGUGUUAAGCGUUACUUCAUCGGGAAACAACAGGUUCCGUUGCCUAUACUUGGCACUAUAUUUGAUGACUGUCGGUAGAGAUGAUCAAACCUUUAAAAAGCUUGAGUAUGCUAUUCGAUACCAUAUAUUCAAUAUGGGCGAUCACAACUCAUUAUUGGUAUACUCACAGCUCCUUGAAUUUGCUAGGUUUCAGGGAUUGAAAUGCUAUACAGCUUCAUGUAUUCAAUUUGUGAAUUCUGAUGAGCCGACCACAAUUGACUCCGUGAGGAAACAGAUCAGACUCCUUAGAUACAUACCGUGGGAGAAAUCUAUAUUGAUAUCUGCCCUUGUCAAGAUGCUCACCCGACUAAAAGACGUCUACUCUCUUAAGGACGAAUGGUUUCGCCUAGUGGGUCUAUUUUAUUCUGAGCUCGCGUUUAUUAUUCGGAAGUGGAGCGCCGUGUUCGUUGCUUCCAAUGAUUAUAAAGAGUAUCUUGAAUGUCUACUGGAUGCUAUCACGCACAUAUUCAACUUCACGGAAGUCUAUUGGGGUAAACUUCACCUCUUCUCCAAAAUCAGAUUCUUGUCGUUCUUGGCUGCCGUGAAGACUUGCAAAGUGGACCUGCCAUGGUCCACUGCUGGACAUCUCGUUCCUCCUCCCACUUUGAUGUACCAACUCAUAGUAUCUACUAACCCACUAAUACUCUCUGAAGCAUUAGGAUACCUUGUUUUCCUCAAAAGUGUACAAUUACCAGAUGGUGAAGAGAUAAAAAAACGCUUGCGCAGUCUCUACAUUAUGGAUUCUCUCAAUUUUGUGUGGAGAGAAAUGGCGCUUAAUAAAGACAUUGGCACUUUCAGUCAGGGAAUGCUACUAGACGAUGAAUUUUUGCAAAAGGUGGCCGGUCUAAACUUCUUCAGCUACUCCAACUUACUCCAGCUCAAAACUGUUGGAGGACUAGUCCAGAAUCCGAGUCUCGCAUACACUUGUGCCGAGCUUGUAUGGAUGUUAGAGGACCAAACAGAGGGAAUUACCACCAGGCAUCCGGGCCCCAUUUCGGAGGACUCCGUGGCACAAUUACGCCACGAACUGGACAACACCUGGCUUUCCAUGAGCUACUACGACAUCAAGGCUUCGCUACUCAACAGUCUCGACAGUCUUGGUUACACGGGCCUUUGCGAUCUCUUAUUUGGGUCAUUGAAGCCGUUGGCUAAUAAAAGGCUGCGUGGCUAA